AUGUCCUGGGCGGCAGCUGACACCCUUCAGCCAGGACCAGUUGUACCUGGAAACUCAUUUUGUGAGGCUCUGCUGUGCUUUGUGGAUCCUCACUUUCUGGUGCGGGAUCCCUCGGUGACACAGCUCACAAACACUAGCCAAAGUGGCUUGGAUGAAUUCAACCCCUUUUCUGAGAGCUCCCAGCUGACAAAUGCAGCACGGACGACGCCAGCCACGCAGCCCUCUGGCCGCUCACAGCCUGCUGUUCUGCAGACGUCUGUGGAGCCCACUCCCCAGGCUGUGGCUGCAGCAGCGCAGUCUGGGCUUCUUCAGCAGCAGGCAGAAUUAGAGAGGAAGGCAGCCGAGUUGGAGAAGAAGGAAAGGGAAUUGCAGAGUAACUCAGCCAGCAUUAAUCCGAGGCAGAACAACUGGCCACCUCUUCCCAAGAAGUGUCCGAUCAAGCCGUGUUUUUAUCAGGAUUUUUCUGCCGACAUCCCAGCUGACUACCAGCGGAUAUGCAAGAAGCUGUAUUACUUGUGGAUGCCGUGGUUCACAGUCCAGGCGGACAGAGGAGUAGACUUUGGUCUCUCGAUCCUGUGGUUUAUUUUAUUCACCCCUUGUGCCUUUCUCUGUUGGUACCGACCAAUUUACAAGGCUUUCAGGUCUGACAGCUCCUUCAGCUUCUUCGUCUUCUUUUUCAUCUUCUUCUGCCAAAUAGCAAUCUACAUCAUCCAGGCUGUCGGUAUUCCUGGCUCAGCCCCAGCAAAGGCGUGUACCUUUGCUGCUAUGGGCCAGCGCUGGAAGGACGUGUUGUUGGUGGGCUGUGCUUCAAAAAAAAUAAUCAGAGAGGGUUUUAUCCUCACGGACCGCCUCGGCGCGGGCCCCUACGCCACCGUCUACAAGGCCUACAGGAAGAGGGACACGCGUGAAGUGGUGGCCAUCAAGUGCGUGAGCAAGAGGAGCCUCAACCGGGCGUCGGUGGAGAACCUGCUGACGGAGAUCGAGAUCCUGAAGACCAUCCGCCACCCGCACAUCGUGGAGCUCAAGGACUUCCAGUGGGACAGCGACCACAUCUACCUGAUCAUGGAGUUCUGCGCCGGGGGGGACCUCUCCCGCUUCAUCCGGAUGCGCAGGAUCCUCCCCGAGAAGGUGGCACGCAUCUUCCUGCAGCAGCUCGCCUGUGCCCUGAAGUUCCUCCAUGACCACAACAUCUCCCACCUGGACCUCAAGCCGCAGAACAUACUCCUGAGCGCCCCGGAGAACCCCCAGCUGAAGCUGGCAGAUUUCGGGUUUGCGCAGCACAUGUCGCCGUGGGACGAGAAGCACAUUCUGCGGGGCUCCCCGCUCUACAUGGCCCCCGAGAUGGUGUGCCGCCAGCAGUAUGACGCCCGGGUGGACCUGUGGUCGGUGGGCGUCAUCCUUUACGAAGCGCUUUUUGGGAGGCCGCCCUUUGCCUCCCGCUCCUUCGCUGAGCUGGAGGAGAAGAUCCGCAGUGACCGGGCUGUUGAGCUGCCCAGCCGGCCCCCGCUCUCCCCGGAGUGCAGGGAUCUCUUAGGACAGCUCUUAGAGAGAGACCCUUUGAAACGCAUCUCCUUUGAGGGCUUCUUUGCCCACCCUUUCGUGGAUAUGGAGCACGUCCCUGGCCCUGAGAGCCUCUGCAAGGCGACUGACCUGGUGGUGGAGGCGGUGAAGAAGGAUCAGGAGGGGGAUGCCUCUGCUGCCCUCUCCCUCUACUGCAAAGCCCUGGAGUAUUUUGUGCCGGCUCUGCACUAUGAAAGCGAUGCUCGCCGGAAAGAAGCCAUCCGCGCCAAGGUGGGGCAGUACAUCUCCCGAGCGGAGGAGCUGAAGGCGUUGGUCACCUCCAGCAGCAAGAACCUCCUGCAGCAAGAGAACCCGGCCAGAGAGCUCCUUAAAGAGAUGGCCAAGGACAAGCCUCGGCUUUGCGCUGCACUGGAAAUGGCUUCUGCAGCCAUCGCUAAGGAGGAGGAAGGCAAAGACGAUGGUGACACCCUGGAGCUCUACCAGCAGAGCCUGGGGGAGCUGCUGCUCCUCCUGGCCGCGGAGCCUGCGGGGAGGCGACGGGAGCUGCUCCACGCAGAGAUCCAGACCCUGAUGGCCCGAGCUGAGUACCUGAAAGAUCAGAUGAAGAUGCGGGAGGCGCAGUCCAUGGGCAAGGAGGCGCUGGCGGAGCCUGUCCGAAGCACAUGGGGUCAUCUGUGCCCGGGAGCCCACCCGGGCUGGGUGACGGUGUGUGCAGCCGAGUGA